CUCCUUUUUCCUCUGUGGUGUAAACGUGUGUGUGCGUCGAAAAUUUGUGUUCUCCUUGUAUUUUUCGUACGCAUUACACGCAUUCACGUUGUGUGAAUGUAUUUUUUAUAAACUCUUUAUUGUGCGUAAUAGUAUUUUACUCCCGAAAGUUAUUUUUUGAAGUAUUUAGUGUACAAUUAUAUUAUUAAUUAGUUAAAAAACAUAUAGACAAGUAAUGAUGAUGAGAGAAGAUGUGUAAAUAAAUAACCACUAAGGUACUUUUUAGAGUACCUUCACCUGCGUUUCAAGUACAGAAAAUAUUGUUAUAAUUUAUUGGUGCUCUUCCAAUCAACAGUGUUGAAUUUACGGUUCUGACCCAUCAUGGCGGAAGCCCACUCAGCGGUAGCAUUUUCCUUUGCUAUCACUCACGAUGGCUGGGAUGUUAACUUUGACCGAGAAGUACUGUACUUGGUCUGGGAAUCAGGUCUAAGAUCUUGGAAGAAGAGGCUAGCUAGAUUUAGGAAUAGUGUCCAUAAUGGAGUAUACCCAGGGCAUUUACAAUCUCUUUACGUCCUUUGGACAUUGCUUGUGGCUGCCCAUUUUGGAGGAUUCAACAUACCUUUUGGACUUGUACAAAAAACUUUGACUGUCUUACCGGGGCACUCAGCAAUGUGGCAAGUGAUAGCUUGCUUAUUGGCAGCGCUAUCGAUGUGGCUAUCCGUAAUCUUCCUUAUGAGAUACUUACUGAAACUACUGCUAAUGUACAAAGGUUGGAUGUACGAGUCUCGUGCUCCUGGUGCUAGAAUAUCUUUGAAAUCAAAGCUUUGGGUCAGUGUAGUAAAAGUGUUGUCUGGAUGGAAUAAACCCAAGCUUUAUAGUUUCCAAGGGUCACUGCCAAGGUUGCCUUUGCCUGCAGUCAAGGAUACUAUGCGACGGUAUCUGAUUAGCGUUCGGCCUCUGUUAGAUGAUGAAAAUUAUAAACGAGUAGAAAGAUUAGCAAAAGAGUUCGAGGAGACAAUCGCGGUCAAACUUCAAAGAUACCUCGUUCUUAAGUCAUGGUGGUCAAGCAAUUACGUAUCUGAUUGGUGGGAAGAGUAUGUGUAUCUUCGCGGUCGCUCCCCGCUCAUGGUGAACUCUAACUUCUACGGGACUGAUGCUAUUCUUCUCCGGCCAACCAACAAGCAAGCCGCGCGCGCCGCUGUCUUCAUAUACCUGUGCCUGAGGUUCAGAAGGCUGAUUGACAGGCAGGAAUUGGAGCCGAUAAUGCUGCAAGGCAUGGUGCCUUUAUGCUCUUGGCAAUACGAGCGACUUUUCAACACCGUUCGCGUGCCGGGCAUCGAGACAGACAAAAUCGUGCACUACCAGGACUCUAACCACAUCACCGUGUACCACAAAGGCAGAUACUUCAAAGUCAUGGUGAACUCCCGAGGCCGCUUGCUCAAGCCAUGUGAUAUUCAAGUGCAAAUCCAGCAGAUUCUAGACGACGAUUCUGAGCCGGUGGUCGGCGAGGAGCGCCUCGCGGCCUUGACGGCAGGCGAGCGCUCCCACUGGGCGCACAUUCGCCAGACGAUGUUCAACCGCGGCCACAACAGAACCUCCUUGCAUUGCAUCGAGCGCGCCGCGUUUAACGUCUGCCUUGACGACAGAGAGUUCGGUUUCGACGAAAAAGACCCGUCGAAGUUGGAUGAAUACGGGCGCGUACUUUUACACGGGAAGGGUUACGACCGCUGGUUCGACAAGUCGUUCAACCUCUGCUUCAGCACCAACGGAUAUGUUGGAUUUAAUGCCGAGCACACUUGGGCCGACGCACCAGUUAUGGGCCACCUUUGGGAGUACGUCAUCUGGUCAGAAUUGGAAAUUGGAUACACCGAAGACGGUAACACAAAGGGCACUGUCGAGACGCCGCCGCCGCCGCCGGCGCGCCUUCAGUGGGACCUGAACAAAGAAGAGACGCUCAGCGCCAUCGACCUAUCCUACAACGUCGCACAAAAGCUGCUCAACGACGUCGACCUACGAAUACUUAUGUACACCAAAUAUGGGAAAGGAUUCAUGAAGAAAUGCCGCGUGUCCCCCGACGCGUUCAUCCAGCUGGUACUCCAGCUGUCGUACUACAGAGACGCGGGCCGGUUCUGCCUCACGUACGAGGCGUCGAUGACCCGUAUGUUCCGCGAGGGCCGCACCGAGACCGUCCGGCCCUGCACCAUCGAGAGCUCCGCCUGGGUCAAAGCUAUGGUCGACCCUAACGUGUCGGUGGAGGAGCGUAUGGAUCUGUUCGUGAAAGCCAGCCAGCGUCAUCAACUCGGCUACCAGGAUGCCAUGUCAGGCCGCGGCAUCGACCGCCACCUGUUCUGCCUGUACGUCGUCUCCAAGUACUUGGAGCUGGAGUCGCCCUUCCUGCAGGAGGUGUUCAACGAGCCCUGGCGACUGUCCACCAGCCAGACACCACACGGUCAAACCAGUCUGCUGGACCUGAAGAAACACCCCAAGUGCAUGAGCGCGGGGGGCGGCUUCGGCCCGGUGGCCGACGACGGCUACGGGGUGUCUUACAUCAUCGUCGGGGAGGACACGCUCUUCUUCCACGUCUCUAGCAAGAGGAGCUGCCCUAUCACGAGCUCUUCCAACUUCGUGCAACAAAUCGAACGCUCCCUGAAAGAUGUCCAAGACCUCUUCAAUGAAUUUAAGAAACUCAAAAAUGGUGUUAACAGCAAAUAAGUGUAGGUAAUAAUCUAUCAUAAUUUACUAUUUCAUUUGUUCUAGAAUAAAUUACCUUUGUUGUUGUUGUAAUAAUUUUGAAGUUUUAUAUUCUAUAAAGAUUAUGAUUAAUAAGUAGGUUUAAGCGAAAACUCAAAGUAUUCUUUGUUGACGCCUUUUACAUUUGUAUGUCGUAAAAUGAUAGUAAAUAAAUGCAGAUUUUGUGAACUACAAAACUGCUGAUGAGUAAUAUUAUCAUGAUUAGCUUUUCAGGAUUAAUUGAUAGUUAAAUCACGCGACAUCAACGCCAGGGCUAUUAUCAUGUUUGAGAAAACGAUGUCUUUAAAAUUUAAUAAAUUUAGUAACAGACAAUUUAACUCAUUAGUUAAUGCAAUUAAUUUUAAUGAAUAUUGCUAUACAGGGUGCAGAAGUAGUUUCAACUGAAUGUCGUCGAAAACUAGUUUUUUUUUUUGCUUAUUUUAUCAUUGUAUUGAAUUGUACUCAAUUCCAGUACCUAUGUAAACAUACCCAUAUGUCUUAUAAAGUUCUUUCUUAUUAAUUUCUUACUUCUUUCUAUGUCGGAUAUCGCCACGGGGUAGCAUUGUUACUAAGCCACAUUAAGUUAAGAACAAAUAUUUAUAAAGAUAUUUCAUAUGAGUCAAUAAGUUUGUAUAUUUAUAUACCUUCCGCCAAACUGCAAUCGGUUGUAUGAAUAUAUUUACUCCUAAGCUUUGUGAGAUGUCAUCCUUACGAUAUAAGGCAGCUACCUCUUGACCCGUCCUAGCGUCUUGUAGAGAACGUCUGUAUCACUCAAACUUUCUUCUAAUAACCUCUUGUUUACUUAUACCCGUUGGGAAGUAAAAUUACUAGCACCUAAGAAUAGAAACAAACUCAUUGGUUUAGGCGCUGCUUUUCUACUCGUUACUGUAGUAUAGUAAUUAGGUGAUUUUAUUAAUUAUUUUAUUAUUCUACAUUGCUUUUCAAUGCAUUUGGAUACUUGUAAUCAUAUUUGCAAUCCACAAAAUAUGUAUGUAUAUUUUAUUUUUUAUAAUUGAAAGUUUUUAUUCUACUAAUUAUGCCACAGAAUCAUAAAGUGUAAGUACAUAAUUAUACAAAUGAAUAAUAUACAAAUAUUUAUUUUUAUUCAAUACAUACUCUGAAUAUUCUGUCCAUUAGGUAUAUUUAAGCAAUUAGUUAAAUUAUGAGUUAUAAGAGUUCACGAUGAGUGUGGUUUAGUGCAUUUUGUUAUGAUUUCUCAUACACCGUCUAAGUGCCUUCUAUUACCAAGUGGAAGAGGGCCAACUCGAUACCAACUACACCGUAACCCACCCAUAAUGAACAUUCUACGUAGCGUAUCUAAAAUAAUAAUAAUAAUUUUUGGAGUUCUGUGUUAAGCUACUUACAAAUUUUUAUCGAUCUAUUGUAAAUAAAAAUAUUUUAACGUGA